UAAGGCAUGUUUAAUGAAAGCUGCUGCAAAAAAUAAUAUAAGAUUAUAAAAAUAAAUAGAAUUUUAUUUAAUGUUAAAAGAUAUAUUUAAAAUUUCAAAAUGAAUGAAUUAUCAUUUAAGACACAUUGUAUAUUAGGUUUCUUAUUUAGAAUCACUUUAGUUUUUUAUUCAAAUUAUCAUGAUAAAACUUUCAGUGUUCCGUACACUGAUGUGGAUUAUAAGGUAUUUACAGAUGCUGCACGAUAUAUAAUAGAAGGAUCAUCUCCAUUUGAGCGAGAUACAUAUCGUUAUACACCAUUAUUGGCUUUGCUUUUAACGCCAAAUAUUUUCAUAAAUGAAAAUUUUGGAAAAAUCUUAUUUUCUUUUGUUGAUAUUUUCGUAACCAUUUUGAUAAAAAAAAUCUUAAUUUUACAAAAUUGUAAUAAGCAAGAUAUAUGUACUUUUAUAUGGCUCUAUAAUCCUUUCACGAUCGUAAUUUCAACCAGAGGAAAUGCGGAUACUGUGACAGUUUUUUUAAUUAUGCUAACUUUAUAUUUAUUUUUGAAAGAUAAAUUCGUUUUAGCAGGUUUAUGUCAUGCCUUAUCAAUCCAUUUUAGAUUAUAUCCUAUAAUAUUUAGUAUACCUAUAUAUUUUUCCCUUCAAGAUAAAAAUUACUUUAUACCAAACAAAAAUCAGUUAAAAUUAGUAAUUAGUUGUAUAUCCUUGAUUAUUUGUUUAACAAUUAUUAAUUACUAUUUCUAUGGUUAUAAAUAUAUUUACGAAAGUUUUAUUUACCAUAUUACACGCAAAGAUACUAAACAUAAUUUUUCUGUUUAUUUUUACAUGUUAUAUUUAUCUGCUAAUUAUCCUCCUAGUAUAAUUGAAAAAAUUUUCAUGUUUUUACCGCAAUUGAUAUUGCUCUUAUUAUUAUCAUAUAAAUAUUCAAAUAAAUCUUUAUUGCCAUUUGUAAUGUUUACACAGGCCAUGAUAAUAGUAACAUAUAAUCCGGUAUUAACAUCACAAUACUUUUUUUGGUAUUUAUCUUUAUUGCCAUUAUGUCUUUCACGGUUUGGAUUAAACAUUCAUAGAUCACUAUUUCUAUGUUUUAUGUGGAUCUUUAGUCAAAGCGUUUGGUUAUUAGCUGCUUAUUUAUUGGAAUUCAAAGGAUUGAAUACUUUUACGUAUAUUUGGAUAGCUAGUUUAUUUUUAUUUGUUGUCAAUAUUAAAAUCGUGAAUGAUAUCAUUACAUAUUAUAAAUAUUGAUUAGAAGUUAGAAAAUAACGAUUAUUUUAAAUUAAUUUUCAUAUGUAAUUCUUUAUAUAACUAAAAAUAAAAUAUAUGUUAUAUCCAAUGUGAAAUUUUGUGAAAAUAAAAAAAAAUAAUAAAUUAGAAGCUAAAAAAAAA